CUUUGAUCAUUUUCAGAUUCUGCGGGCCAUCGGUAAAGGGAGUUUUGGGAAGGUCUGCAUCGUACAGAAACGAGACACGAAGAAAAUGUAUGCCAUGAAGUAUAUGAAUAAGCAGAAGUGCAUCGAAAGGGACGAGGUCCGCAAUGUCUUCCGGGAGCUCCAGAUCAUGCAAGGCUUGGACCAUCCUUUCUUAGUCAAUCUGUGGUACUCCUUCCAGGAUGAGGAGGACAUGUUCAUGGUGGUAGACCUCCUACUGGGUGGAGACCUUCGUUACCACCUCCAGCAGAAUGUUCACUUCACGGAGGGGGCUGUGAAGCUCUACAUCUGUGAGCUGGCCCUGGCCUUGGAGUACCUGCAGCGAUACCACAUCAUUCACAGAGACAUCAAACCCGACAACAUCCUACUGGAUGAACAUGGACAUGUUCACAUUACGGACUUCAACAUAGCCACCGUUGUGAAAGGCGCAGAAAAGGCUUCCUCCAUGGCUGGGACUAAGCCUUACAUGGCUCCAGAAGUGUUCCAGGUGUAUGUGGACGGAGGUCCUGGAUACUCGUACCCUGUCGAUUGGUGGUCCCUGGGAGUCACCGCCUAUGAGCUUCUGCGGGGCUGGAGACCUUAUGAGAUCCACUCGGCCACACCCAUUGAUGAGAUCCUCAACAUGUUCAAGGUGGAACGUGUCCACUACUCCUCCACCUGGUGCAAGGGAAUGGUGGCCCUCCUGAAAAAGCUUCUGACCAAGGAUCCUGAGAGCCGCCUGUCCAGUCUCAGUGACAUCCAGUGUGCACCCUACUUGGCCAGCGUGAACUGGGAUGCAGUGUUGGAGAAGACGCUGACGCCAGGCUUUGUGCCUAACAAAGGGAGAUUGAACUGCGACCCCACAUUCGAACUCGAAGAGAUGAUUCUAGAAUCAAAGCCGCUUCACAAAAAGAAGAAGAGGUUGGCCAAGCACAGGUCCAAAGAUGGCAUGAAGGACAGCUGUCCUCUGAACGGUCACCUGGAGACGGUGCGGAGGGAGUUCACCGCAUUCAACAGAGAGAGGCUGAGGAGACAGCAGGGUCAGAGUGGCCAGCUCACAGACACCGAUGACCAAGAGGGCAGCCAGGCCCAGGACAAGCUCCAGGAUGGAUGUAACAACAAUAUCUUCACCAACGCCUGCUCCCGAGGCUGCAACAGUUAA